UUAGUGCCACACUCUCUCUCUCUCUCUCCCCUCCGUAACACUUUCUCUCUCUAAAAACUGUCACUAACCUGUAUGUAUCUCUAUAUAUUUUGCCAUCCUUGACCAACUCGAAAAAGAGCUGUGUGAAAUCUGAAAUGGCUCUAAAUAUGCUCUCUCCAACUGAAUUAAAAACCCUUUCGUUCAUGGAUUCCUCCAAAUCCAAUUACAACCUUAAUCUCCUCAAAUUCCCAGGUGUAUUUUCUUUGAAGAAGAAGGAAAAUGGAAGCACUGGUUCUAGAAGGUUCCGUUGCUCGGCGGCUCAGCCGCCUCCACCGGCUUGGCCCGGUCGAGCCGUUAUUGAGCCGGGUCGAAAAACUUGGGAUGGUCCUAAGCCUAUUUCAAUUGUUGGAUCUACUGGCUCCAUUGGAACUCAGACAUUGGAUAUAGUUGCCGAAAAUCCGGAUAAAUUCAGAGUCGUCGCACUUGCAGCUGGUUCGAAUGUGACUCUUCUUGCUGAUCAGGUGAAGAGAUUUAAACCGCAAUUAGUUUCUGUUAAAGACGAGUCGUUAGUGAACGAGUUGAGAGAGGCUUUAGCUGGUGUGGAAAACAUGCCGGAAAUAAUUCCAGGCGAGCAGGGAAUAAUCGAGGUUGCUCGUCAUCCUGAUGCUGUUACUACUGUCACUGGCAUUGUUGGUUGUGCUGGUUUAAAGCCUACAGUGGCUGCCAUAGAAGCUGGGAAAGACAUUGCUUUGGCCAACAAAGAGACACUAAUUGCUGGAGGGCCUUUCGUCCUCCCUCUUGCGAAAAAGCAUAAUGUCAAGAUUCUUCCGGCAGAUUCCGAACACUCUGCCAUAUUUCAGUGCAUACAAGGCCUUCCAGAAGGUGCCCUUAGGCGCAUCAUUUUGACUGCAUCGGGAGGUGCUUUCAGGGAUUUGCCGGUUGAAAAACUAAAAGACGUAAAAGUAGCCGAUGCUUUAAAGCAUCCGAAUUGGAAUAUGGGGAAAAAGAUCACAGUCGACUCUGCCACACUCUUCAACAAGGGUUUGGAAGUUAUAGAAGCCCACUAUCUGUUUGGAGCUGAAUAUGAUGAUAUUGAUAUCGUUAUUCAUCCUCAAUCUAUUAUACAUUCAAUGAUCGAGACACAGGAUUCAUCGGUGCUAGCACAAUUGGGAUGGCCCGAUAUGCGUAUACCUAUUCUGUACACUUUAUCGUGGCCCGACAGAAUUUACUGUUCCGAGAUCACUUGGCCCCGCCUCGAUCUUUGCAAGCUUGGAUCUCUUACUUUCAAGAGUCCCGACAAUGUGAAAUAUCCGUCGAUGGAUCUAGCUUAUGCUGCUGGCCGAGCUGGUGGGACCAUGACUGGGGUCCUUAGUGCAGCUAAUGAGAAAGCCGUUGAACUGUUUAUCGAUGAGAAAAUAAGUUACCUGGACAUAUUUAAGGUUGUGGAGCUAACAUGCGAUAAACAUCGGGCGGAAUUGGUGACAUCACCGUCGCUUGAGGAAAUCGUACACUACGACUUGUGGGCCCGUGAUUAUGCCGCCAGUUUGCAGCCAUUGGCCGGUUUAAGUCCGGCUCUUGUAUGACCGGAGAUAAUUUGUAAUGGUUGUUCAUCAUGAAAACAGUUGGAAAAAAAAAUCACAUUGUUUUUUUCUAAGUGAAAAACCACAAGAUGUUGAGCAAAUGAAUAAUUUGAUGUCACUUUACUAGAUUCUUUUAAAUAUAACAAUUGCUUGAUUCAA